AGUGAGCUGCACCUUGCGUGCGUUGUGCUUUCCCGGUCUUUUUGCCUGUUGUCCAUACCUUGUUUUUCAAACAUUUGUUGCCGAGCAACAUCUGAAGUCGGGCGUAUUUGAAAGAAACGGCCUUGCCGCCCCCAAAUGUGAGCAUGAAUGAACGGGCCGCGGACAAGGAAACGCAAAAAGAAAUGUCGAAUUUUGUUCCAAAAUCAUAAAACUUGUUUCCGUUGAUAUAUCCAACAACAAAAAGUAUCACCUGCGACUAUAUCAUCUACAAAAGUAUAUAUAUAUAUAGAAUAUUCAAUAUCGGUGCUUCGCUGCGGUUUCACGACCAUCGCUUUGCUCAAUUUCGAUUCGGAUCGGCGGCCUUUUUUUCGCAUUCAAGACUUUGGCGCGCUUUGAAAAUUGUUCGAAAACUACAAUCAAAAUUGUUGUUCGUUUCUCGUUUUUCUGAUUGGUUUGUGUUGUGCGACAAUGUGUGUCGUCCAGGACCCAAAAGGGCCUAGCCCCUAAGAACAAAACAAAAAUCCUACUAAAAAUCAUACAAAAAUUAAAUAAAUAAAACAAAAUAUAUACGUAAAUAAAUAAAUAUAAUUGUAAAGUUUGUUAGUCAGUGCGAAAAGGCUUUCAAAUCAUGCCAGUGAAGACAGGUGCCAAUGGCGGCGACUACGACUCCCAGGAUGAGGCCAGCACUGAGCUGCUGGAAAAGCUGAAGCAUCUGGAUCGUCGUGUGGAUGCCGUCGAGGGUGGCGGCUCUGGCGGCCUAUGCGGCCGUCGAUCGUCCUGCUGGCAGUCGAUGAAAUGGAAAUCUGCACUCAAUCAUAUCGGAUUGCUGGUCUCCCUGUCCAUCUAUUGCGGCGUGGGCGGUUUGAUAUUUCGCCACUUGGAGCGUCCGGCUGAAGUGCAACGUCUAACCCACUUGAAGGAUGUGGUGAAGACCCACAGAGAGCGCUUCAUGAGCACCAUACUGAACAACACCGAAGUGAACAAUCUCAACGAGCUGUUGUCCUUUGAGCUGGCCAAAUAUGAAGCGGCUGUACAACAGGCGGCCGAAGGAGGGCUGCUGAUAGUGGCCGAUAAAGACUUUCCAGAGCCCUACGAGCGAUGGAGCAUACUGCAAGCUGUGUUCUUCUCAUCGACUGUUUUAACCACCAUAGGAUAUGGCAACAUUGUGCCAGUGACGACCGGCGGACGUGUAUUUUGCAUUUGCUUUGCCCUCAUCGGCAUACCCUUUACGCUGACGGUGAUAGCCGACUGGGGUCGACUCUUUGCCACCGCUGUCUCAGUGUUUGGCAAACACAUGCCCACCAAGCCAAAGUUUACGAAUUUCAUUGGAAAAACGUGGUUCUAUGCCAUACUGGCUGUUGGCUUUUUGGGCGUCUAUCUGGCCGCCGGCGCUGGUCUUCUGCUGCUCUGGGAAGACGAUUGGACAUUCUUUGAUGGCUUCUACUUCUGUUUCAUUACCAUGACGACCAUUGGGUUCGGAGACCUGGUGCCAAAGAAACCCAACUAUAUGCUGCUCUGCACUUUGUACAUUCUCAUUGGCCUGGCACUCACAUCGACCAUUAUCGAGCUGGUGCGGCGUCAGUAUGCCACCAGUUGGGCCAAGUUGCAGGAACUUUCCGGCCCCAUGGCGGAGACUUUGCGUCGCUUGGGCGAGACAGCCGGCACGGGUCUGGACUAUGCAGCCCUGCAAAAAGUUUUGACCGUGUCCAUGCCAAAGUGGAAUAGCAAGAAGAACGAUCAUAGCCCGGAUAUAGCUGCUUUGGAGGCCAUCACCAAUGCCAUACUAAAAGAGGUGAAGGAGGCACAGAACAACAAGCCCAAGGUCCUGCAAAUUGUCAUCUACGAGUCGUCUGUCUAGGCAGGAGCACAGGACAGCGACAGAUAUACAGCAUAAGAGAUGGUUAGAGACAGACAGAAUGGGGAGAUGGAGAGACGCGGAGAGAGAGAGAGAGAGAGAGAGAGCUUCCACCAAUAAUCGACAGCACACAGAAAAAAUAUCACAGAAAAUAUCACAGUUACGAUUAGUUAGGCUGGAAUUGAGUUGAGUUGAAUUUGGGUGACAGUGGGCACUGGCUAAGAGGUUCCCGGCUACUGUACUGCCACUGCCAGACUUCCAUAAGUUAAUGUCUGUACAUAUAGCUAUUAUAUAGUCAAAUGUCUAGGCAAUAAUAUUGCUCAUACGUACUGAGGUGUCACAACAUACUUGCAUACAUGCAUAACUAUUUAUUUAAAGGGGCGGGCGUGGGGCAAGUGAUUCAAUAUAUAAAUAAAUACAUAUACAUACAUAUGUACAUAUGUAUGUGCAUACAUAGCU